AUGAAGGCUCUUCCUUUCCUAGUUUCAAUCUUCUUUCUGUUUUCAUGCUUCCUUUCUCUUGUGUUUUCCUUGGAUGAUCUCCCAAAGAAAUGCCUUGAUGACCAGAGAUCUUCUCUGUUGCAACUGCAGCAUGAUCUUUUCAAUGCCCCAAAUUUUGCUUUCUCUUCCAAGUUUGAGCUUUGGGAUCUCAACGCUGAUUGUUGUUUUUGGGAGGGAGUUACCUGUGAUGCUCUUGGUCAUGUCAUUGGGCUUGAUCUUAGUCACAACAACAUUUCAGGCACCUUCCACUCCAUUUUCGAUCUCCGUCAUCUUCAUCACCUUAACCUUGCUGGAAACAACUUUAACACCACUCUGCUUUCGUAUGGGUUUGAUAAACUCCAAAAUCUAACUCAUCUCAACCUUUCAAACUCAUGUUUCCACGGCCAAAUUCCAGUGAAGAUCUCUUCCUUAACGAGGUUAGUAUCUCUUGAUCUCUCUAAUCAAGGUGAUUGCUAUUGGAGAUAUUAUCAGUUUCUUUACCCACACAGUGGCAUCUACUCAUCUGUUCCAGUGCCUUAUGAACUUGAACGACCUCUGAAACUAGAGAAACCAAACUUCAAGACAUUGAUAAAGAAUUUGAGGAAUCUAACGGAGCUCUACUUGGAUGGAGUGGAUUUUUCAUUUCAAAGUAAUAAGUGGUGCAAAACCACAUCUUUAGUACUUUCCAAGCUUCAAGUGUUGAGUCUGUCGAACUGUGGUUUAGAGGGUCCAUUAUGUUCUUCACUUUCAAGACUUUCUUUCCUUUCCAAACUCUUCCUUGGUGGGAACCUAAUCUCUUCUUUACCUCCCAAUUUCUUGGAAAUCUCCUCUCGCCUGGUUUCUCUUAGCUUAGCGGAUUGCAGUCUGAGUGGGCAUUUUCCUACAGAAAUUCUCUUAUUGCCAAAAAUCCAAAGCAUUGACAUUUCAAACAAUGGCGAACUUAUGGGUCAGUUGCCAGAAUUUCCAUCAAACAUUGCUUUACGGAUUUUAUCUCUUUCUGAUACAAAUUUCAGUGGGAAACUACCUGAAUCAAUAGGUAAGCUUAAGUUCUUGACAGUUUUAACUCUUAGUCGUUGUAAUUUUUUGGGAUCCAUUCCAUCAUCAAUUGCAAAUCUUAGUCACCUGGUUAACCUGGAUCUAUCACAUAACAAUCUCAGUGGAUCAAUAAGUUCUUCUGUAUUUACCCUUCCAUCAUUACAGGUUCUAUCUCUCGAAGAUAAUAAUUUAGAUGGAAAAAUUCAUGACUUCCCCAAUGCAUCAUCAUCAUUGAUUGAGGAACUAAAUCUAGGCAGUAAUCAUUUAACAGGACCAAUCCCGAAAUCGAUCUUUCAACUUCCAAGGCUUGAACGGCUUUUCAUUGGAGACAAUAGCUUUAGUUCCAUGAACCUUUCCUUGCUUUUCCAAAUUAAGAAUUUAAGGGCUCUCGACCUAUCCGAUAUAAGCUUGUUAAUUGAAAGCAGCAACAGAAGUAUUAAUUUUCCCCAAUUAGAGAGCCUAUGGCUAAGCUCAUGCAACCUCACUGAAUUUCCAGGAUUCAUCAAAACACAAGAUAAGUUGUUUGAGCUAGAUCUUUCUAACAACCACAUCCAUGGUGUUGUGCCUAAUUGGCUGUGGAAGACCACUCUUUUAUCCUUAGAUCUUUCUUUCAAUCCUAUCCAUUUUCCAAAACAGCUCCCAUUAAGUGAUGCAAACUUGUCUUUUCCAAUGCUGAUUCAAUUAUUUCUGGGAUCAUGUAACUUAAGUGCAUUUCCAGAGUUCUUAAGUAGUCAAGAAAACUUAGAAGCACUCGACCUUUCGAAUAACGGUAUAAGUGGUGCAAUACCAAAGUGGGUGUGGAAGAGAAGUUUGUAUGACCUGAAUCUUGCUAAUAACCAUCUCUCAUCUUUGGACCAACUUUUAUCGAACCAGAAUUUAACUUCUUUGCAGGCCUCUUUUCUUCGACCUAUUUGUGAUAUGAGUCGACUAUCCUUUUUCGAUGCAUCUCAUAACAAUUUGAGUGGUCCCAUUCCAAAUUGCUUAGGCAAUAUGAGUGAACUCCUUUAUUUGGAUCUUCAUGGAAAUAACUUCAGUGGAAUCUUACCAGAUUUUGCAAAAUCACCCUAUUUGUCGAUACUCAAAGUUAGCGAGAAUAGACUGGAAGGAAAGUUGCCCAGAUCAUUGUCAGAAUGUAUUCAACUUCAAGUCUUGGAUGUGGGAAACAACAUGUUGCGUGAUACAUUCCCUUUUUGGUUGCAGAAACUGCGUCUGUUGAAUGUUCUAAUAUUGCGGGAAAAUAGAUUUCAUGGUGAAAUGAAACAUUUCAAACAUAAAAUCGUUUUCCCGACUUUGGAUGUGUUGGAUAUUGCUUCUAACGAGAUUUCUGGUGAACUACCCGUUGAUUACUUUCGAGCCAGUCUGCUAAGGUCGCUCAAAAUCAGCGGGAAUAAAUUUGAAGGAAAGCUGCCAAGAUCAUUAGCCACUUGCUCGAAACUUGAAGUUUUGGACCUUGGAAACAAUAUGAUUCAUGAUACAUUCCCAAUCUGGUUGAUGAAGUUGCCUUCCUUGAAGGUUCUAAUUCUCCGAGAGAACAAAUUUCAUGGUACAAUUGAUGACUUUGACACAGGACAAGGUUUUCGAAACCUACGCAUACUGGACAUUGCUUCCAACAAUUUUUCUGGUGACUUAUCCACUGAAUUUUUGCAAUGUUUGAAGGCAAUGAUGCAGAUGAGUAAUGGCAACAAAGCUGAGUUGGAGUACAUUGGAGGGCAUUACAGCGGAGGGCAGUACUAUGAAGACUCUGUAACAAUUGUCAACAAAGGGGUUGAAAUAUUUUACCAGAAGGUUUUGACCAUUCUUACUUGUCUUGACCUUUCCAACAAUAGUUUCCAUGGGAGAAUACCCGAAGACAUACAUAUUCUGAGGUCACUCAAAGUGCUAAACUUGUCCCAUAAUAGCUUCUCUGGCGAAAUCCCAUCAGCACUUGACAACCUAAAAGAGCUCGAGUCUUUGGAUCUCUCAAUGAACAACCUGUCAGGUAAGAUUCCUCCACAGCUCACAGGUCUAACUUUCCUGGCAGCGUUGAACUUGUCGUACAACCAACUUGAAGGGAGCAUACCACAAAGCAACCAAUUCAUUACAUUUUCAAACGGCUCUUACAUUGGGAAUCCAAAGUUAUGUGGGCCGCCAUUGUCAAGGAAAUGCAAGGAAGUUGGUCUCCCAAUGUCACCACCUCCUUCAGGGGAAAAGGAAGAAGAUUCAUGGUUAGAUGCAAUGUCUACUUGGCAAAUUGCUUUGACAAGCUAUGCUAGUUGUUUGGUGGCAGGGAUAUGUAUUGGAUUUACGGUGCUGAACGAGUUGGGAAACAGAUGGGUUUACAAGUUCAGAAAGCAUGGGAAAAGAAGCAAAAGAAAAUUCAUAUUUCAGAAUCAGCCGUAA